GUUGCCACAACACUAGAAGGGGCACUUCAAUGGCGGGAGCUACAGGAAGAACCCUCUUCAUCCUCUCAUUCUCUUCUUCCUUAACACGCUUCUCUCUAUCUCAUUAUCAUGUCAAGCGCUUCCCUUUUCUCACACUCUCAAAACCCAUCACGCUUUUGCCACGGUUUAGGCCUCUUUGUUCCAUAACCGCCGCACCAGAAACCAUGGACCCUGACCAGAUGAAGCACUCCAUGCUCCUCGAGAGGCUCAGAAUCAGGCACCUUAAGGAAAGUGCCAAAACCCCAGAAGCCAAUAACCCCUCAAAGAAGCGUGCUGCUUCUGCUGUUGAGGCUGAGAAUGAAAUGAUGAAGAAGAAUAAGGUUGUUGGGAGUUUUGAGGAAUUAGGACUCAGUGAUGAGGUUAUGGGGGCUGUUAGAGAAAUGUGUAUUGAAGUUCCCACUGAGAUUCAGUGUAUUGGUGUCCCUGCUGUGUUGGAAGAGAAGAGUGUGGUUUUAGGGUCUCAUACUGGUUCUGGCAAGACCCUUGCUUACUUGCUUCCUCUUGUUCAGUUGCUAAGACGGGAUGAACAAUUGAGUGGAAUACUGUUGAAGGCCAGGCGUCCCCGAGCUGUUGUGUUAUGCCCUACAAGGGAGUUGUGUGAGCAGGUUUUCCGAGUUGCAAAAUCGAUAAGCCAUCAUGCACGAUUCAAGUGUACCAUGGUGAGUGGUGGUGGCCGUCUUAGACCUCAGGAGGAUUCACUUAAUAACCCCGUCGAUGUGGUAGUUGGUACCCCUGGAAGGAUUCUUCAACAUAUCGAGGAGGGAAAUAUGGUAUAUGGUGGCAUCAAAUACUUGGUUCUUGAUGAGGCAGACACAAUGUUUGAUCGGGGAUUUGGUCCUGAUAUACGCAAAUUUCUGGGUCCAUUAAAACAUCGUGCUUCAAAAUCUGAUUGCCUAGGUUUUCAGACUAUCUUGGUAACUGCAACCAUGACAAAGGCUGUGCAAAAGCUGAUCGAUGAGGAGUUUCAAGGCAUUGUACAUUUGCGCACAUCUACGUUGCAUAAAAAGAUUUCUUCUGCGCGUCAUGAUUUUAUUAAACUUUCAGGUUCUGAGAACAAACUGGAAGCAUUACUUCAGGUUCUGGAGCCAAGCCUGGCAAAGGGGAACAGGGUGAUGGUUUUCUGCAAUACAUUGAAUUCGAGCCGUGCUGUGGAUCACUAUCUUGGUGAAAAUCAGAUUUCUACUGUUAACUACCAUGGGGAGGUACCAGCAGAGCAAAGGGUUGAAAACCUCAGAAAGUUUAAGAGUGACGGUGAAGAUUGCCCUACAUUGGUUUGCACAGACUUGGCAGCUAGGGGUCUGGACAUGGAUGUAGAUCAUGUUGUCAUGUUUGACUUUCCCCUGAAUUCUAUUGACUACCUUCACCGCACUGGUAGAACUGCUCGUAUGGGUGCAAAAGGGAAAGUAACAAGUUUGGUUGCUAAAAAGGACUUGAUGUUGGCCACCAAAAUUGAGGAAGCAUUAAGGAAGAAUGAGAGUUUGGAGGCUAUCACUAAAGAAAGUGUCCGAAGGGACAUUGCCAGGACCCAAAUUACUGGGCCAGGGGGAAACAACAAAAAGUUUGUAAAAGUUUCACAAGUUAAGGACAAAUCUGGUGGCCGCGCAAGUGCUAGAAAUAGCGGGUCAGAUAACAAAUAUGUUAAAGGAUCACCAUCAGCAAAAGUUAAAGACAAGUCUGGUGGCCGCACAAGUGCUAGAAAUAGCGGGUCAGGUACCAAAUAUGUUAAAGGAUCACCAUCAGCAAAAUCUAUGAAGAAAGGGAUUAACGUUUCAAAAUCCAUAAAAUCUUCCAGUGCAAGUAGCUUGAGAAAAGAUUCUUCAGAGAAUAAGCAAACUGGUAAAAGGGGUGCCACCAAAUCCACAAAUUCUAAACUCAGUGUUGUGGGGUUUAGGGGGCGGAAUUCAUCAUCAGACAAGAAGCAAUCGUCUUUGUGAAGUGGAUUGGGAUCAUAUUGUCCCCAUUAGUAAGUAAUUGGCUCUUGGUUUUGUAUUAGAUAAGAAUUUUUCUGUAGUUUGAUGGUAUAAUAGUUUACAUGGUUUUUUGCCAUAAAUUAUAGUGAAUAAUCCAAGAUAAUUUUUUUACGAAAAAGGUGCUUUCAAACUAAAGAUCCAUGCUUAUCUUUCCAAAAUUAAAGGACAUUACUUAUAUUAAAGAUUACAAGAGUUUCAUAUGGAUACAAAAGAGACAUACUUGACAAGAUUGGAAGGCAAAGUCUUGAUUGAAGUUUGUAUGUAUGCAGCAAUCUAUUCUCACUAAUGAACGCAGGUGAACAAAUCUUCUCAUGUCUUAUCUUAAUAUGAUCAUAUCAUAUGAUAAAAUUCAGCCAUUCGUUGAUAAAUCAACCUUCAUGAUUUUAAUGACCAUGUUUGUAAAACAAAAAGAAGAAAUGAUCAUUUAAUUGUUAACAAUUGAUAAAUUAAUGACUAAUUUUUCACAUGACAUAGAUAGAACUCUAGCUUAGUUCUGCUUCUGCAAAUU